UUGGCCAAGCUGAGCCCUAGAAAGUAUCAGAUUCUUCCUUUGCUUCGAAUUGCAUUGUGAUCCAUCAUGAAAAUUGCUAUUGCCUGUCUUAUUGCGAGCUUCUUGCUCUUGAGCUUCGUCGAUUUCUCCGAGGGAACUUCACCACAGGAAGACUGUGGUUGCACAAAGUCAACCACCAGAGCCCCACCAACCACUUGCAGGACAACCAGACCCCCUCCAACCACUUGCAAGACCACUCCCAGGACCACUCAUAAGACAACACACAAGACAACUCGCAGGACAACACGCAGGACCACUCGCAGAACCACUCGCAGGACCACUCGCAGGACCACUCGCAGGACCACUCGCAGGACCACUCGCAGGACCACAACUCGUAGACCAAGACCAACAACCCGCAGACCAAGACCAACCAGACCAUGGAGGCCAUGUGAGCCAUGUGGUCCUGCUGGCAAGGCCUGUCCUGGUUGUCCUGAGCAAGGAGAACUCUGCAAGGAUCUCUUGGCUCAACUGCAAGCCAUUGAGAACAAGAUUAGAGUUUGCGUCUGUGGCCAGAGCCGUUGGUUGGUCUAAACUGAAAAAGGAAUCAUUUUUGCUGUCCCAAUAUUUUGACUAAUUGAUUAGCUUGAUAUUGAUUUGCAACUUUUUUAUUGAAAUAAAUCGGAAUAUUCUAGCAAUUAAA